UGGGGUUGGGGCUCCCAGACUUCGCGCCCCAGAUUCUCCUCGGCCGGAGCGGGAGGAGCUGCGGGCGGUGAUGAGGGAGGGCGGAGGAACGCGAGAUGGGGGUCGCUGGCCGGCCUUGUCCGGCGGACCCGAGGCCCGGGGCCCCGCCCAGGAGGCCCCGCGGCCCGGCGCGCCAGGUGGGCUGUGGAAGUCGAGGCCUGGGGGAGAGGGAAGCGCCUUCGCGGACCAGGCUUGGAAGGCCCAGGACCCCGGGCCCAGCUCCCACCCACUUACCAUGCCCGAGCAGGGCGGUUCGCUCCGGGGCCGAGGGUGCUGCGUGGCCGCCCGCCCCUUCUCCGCCUCAGUAUUUCUCUUCCAGGUGGGCGGUCUUGCCGGCCCCGGAAGUCUGAGAAGCAUGAAGCUCCUGUGUUUGGUGGCCGUGGUCGCAAGUCUGCUGGUGCUCCCAGCCCAAGCCAACAAGAGUUCUGAAGAUAUCCGGUGCAAAUGCAUCUGUCCACCAUAUAGAAACAUCAGUGGACACAUUUACAACCAGAAUGUGUCACAGAAGGACUGCAACUGCCUGCACGUGGUGGAGCCCAUGCCGGUGCCCGGCCACGACGUGGAGGCCUACUGCCUGCUGUGCGAGUGCAAGUACGAGGAGCGCAGCACCACCACUAUCAAGGUCAUCAUCGUCAUCUACCUGUCGGUGGUGGGCGCCCUCCUGCUCUACAUGGCCUUCCUGAUGCUGGUGGACCCUCUGAUUCGAAAGCCAGACGCCUACACUGAGCGGCUGCACAACGAGGAGGAGAACGAGGACGCACGCUCUGUGGCGGCUGCCGCCUUCUCCGGGCCGCGGGCGAACACAGUCCUGGAGCGCGUGGAGGGGGCGCAGCAGCGGUGGAAGCUGCAGGUGCAGGAACAGCGGAAGACAGUCUUCGAUCGGCACAAGAUGCUCAGCUAGGCAGCAGUGCCGCCGGGCCGCGGUCAGGGCAGGGCCGGAGGCCACACGGAGCUGGCCACUUCCCCGCUCAGUGCUGCCCUCCGGGUCUCCCCCUUAAAGCCCGGGGCGUUUUUCCUUCUCCCUCUGUUUUGACAUGUGCUCAGCUGCAUAAUCUAGGAAGAGCACUGGGCCCAUGGUCUCGGUUUGCCUGCACAGGUGGUCUUCGGGGGGGAGGGCUGGGGGCCUCGGGACUGGAGCGACCCUGUCACCUCGCUCCCUCCUCGCCACCCUCCUGGCUCCAGACCUUGGGAGCUCGGUCAUCAGGAGCUGAGUGUGGGACAGGAAGGCACGGCCGGCUUCCUCCCGGCCCGACUCCUCGGCCCUGGCCCGGCCUCACUCCAGCCCUCGGGACGGCUCUGCUGGGAAGGCUGAUGCCACAGCGCGGCCGUCGUCCUCAGGGCACACCUGGACGCUGUUGCGGCUUCUCUCCCCCUUCCUCUUCUCCCAUCAAUGCAGGGAGAACCAAGGACCCUGCUCGCUCUGCCUCCUGGCCCCCGCUCCCACUUCGGAAGCCAGGCAGUGCCCCCGCCACCUCCCGCCCCGGUCUGCAAUUGCUGAGCCGUUGGUGGGACCACAGGACCCCGAGGCCGAGUGGUGGCUCUGAGCACCUGGGCUCCUAUCCACAGAUUGACACUUGUCCCUGAAUUUCAUUGUACCAGUGCAUGGAGAGGAAUGUCAUCCUUCUGUUACCUGUAAAUCAAGGAAGCCUCCUGAAAUUGUCUUGUCUCACUUUGUGGAUCUCAAGAGACUUCAAGGACUACGAGUGUUUCACAAGUGGACCCAGAGAGGGGACAGGAGCAUUGUCCUUGAGGGGUCCAGGCAGAGAGGCAGGGCCCGCACAGUCCAGGUGGCUGUGGCGGACGGAGCCCACGGGGGGCCUGGGCGGGUUCGCUGCUCCUUUCAGGCUCCAUUCCCUGCAGGGGGCAGUGGGUGAACUGGCCCUUAGGAACUACCCUGAGUUUGUGUUUCACCUUUGUGGGAGAGCCCCCUGAGACUCUGAACAGUGUCUGGUGGCAGUAUCUUACAGAUACAGUACGUGGCGCUCACUGAAAA